CAGGCGAUUCUCUGGCGGAAUAUAUAAGCAGGUGUGAGCGUAAUCAGUGCCUAUCUCAUGCACACACACACACACACACGGGAAAUCUAUGUUGUCCAUUGAUUGUACACCGAAACGCCGCACGCACCGCGGAAAGACAGAGAGAGGAGAACACGCAGGCCAUCUCAGAGACUCAUUGUCUGCCCGCCCCACCAACCAAGAGAAGAGACACUAUGUCUGUCUGUCUGUCUGUCUGUGUGAGAAGGACAUAGCGUCUAGCCAGCCACCCACCCAAGACAUGUCAUGUAUGUAAACGCAAAGGCGCAAAGGCGCAAAGGCAGUGAGUGUGUAAGAAAAAUGGCCCUCACGCAUGGUUUAGUCCUCGUCCAUGUCGUCGUCGUCUUCUUCAUCAUCUUCAUCGUCCUCCUCCUCAUCGUCGUAUCUCAUGUGCAGUUUGCCCUUCUGCGUGUCGCUCAUCUUGAUCUGGAGACAACAGACAGACAGACAGACAGACAGAAAGGCAGAUGGAGAUAGACGGCAGGUCACGGCUAUGUCCUCGAUAGACACGUACCAUGCCCGUUGCCUUCCUCUCCCGCAGCUUCUUGGACCGCUUCGAUUUCCGGUCGGAACGACCGAACUCCUCGUCCUCCUGCAGACAAACACGGAGACACACAUUCGUAUGACCGCAAGUUAGUUGGUUGUGUGUGGGUGGGUCUGAUGCUCACAUCUUCAUCCUCGAUGUCGGUGUCGUGUCCAGUGAAGCCCACUCCCCUAUUGUUGGGCGAGUCGUCUUCCUCUCCGAACUCCUGCGACUGCUGGCCAGGAGUGUUGGGCUCGCUGUCGGCAGUCAGCAGCUUCUGCUGGGAGGCACUCAUUUUGAUCUGUCCAGUGGGCCGGCGCGCGAAGAGCUUGGCCUUCCUUUCUGCUGCCCUUUUGCGAGAGUGGAAAUGAACUUCGUCAUCGGUUUCUUCGUCCUUGACCCUGCUGUCGAAUUUGAUGCGACCAACAGCCUGAGGCACUUCAGGCAAGUCAUCCUCUUCGUCAUCGUCUGGGCCGCCAAACUCCGAUGGUGCCUCGCUGUCGCCAGCGUCGAUGAGGGCCUUUUGCUGGGCCGGGGUGAGCUUCAGCUGACCAGUGGCCUGUAAGUAAAAGCGAAGAGGCGACAACCGAUGUGUGUGUUCGGAUGAGUUUGGUGGUCGUGCCGUAGUACUUUUCUGGCGAGGAGUUUGGUGUGUCUGGCUGUUUUCCUGUGUCUCUCGUUGAACGUAUCAUCGUCAUCGUCUUCGACGUCGGUGUCAUGUCCAGUGAAGGCCACGCCCUUCUUGUCACCUUCCUCCUCCUCCAUGGCGAACCUCGCCGCCGUCGCCGGGAGUCGGAGGCUCGCCGCCCCACCUUUACCCUUGGCCUUUUGGCUACGGGCCGGGGCCGACUCCUCAUCGUCAGCAUCGCCAUCCCACCACUCCUGUGGUUCAUCCUGUCCGGGCGUGCUGGGCUCGCUAUCAGCCGUCAGCAGCUUCUGCUGCGAUGAAGUCAUUUUGAUCUGUCCGGUGGGCCGCCUCGCGCCAAGCUUGGCUUUCCUCUCCGCCGCUCUUUUGCGGCUGUGGAAAUGAGCUUCGUCAUCGGUUUCUUCGUCCUUGACCCUGCUGUCGAACUUGAUGCGGCCGACGGCUUGCGGCACCUCAGGCAAGUCAUCCUCCUCGUCCUCGUCUGGGUUGCCAAACUCCGAUGGUGCCUCGCUGUCGCCAGCGUCGAUGAGGGCCUUCUGCUGGGCCGGGGUGAGCUUCAGCUGACCAGUGGCCUGUAAAUAAGGACGAAGACAGCAAAAAGUUUUGUGGUGAGGAGUUUCUGUUCUCUCAGGGAUCGUGCUGCAGUACUUUUCUGGCGAGGAGUUUGGUGUGUCUGGCUGUUUUCCUGUGUCUCUCGUCGAAGGUAUCAUCGUCAUUGUCGUCGACGUCCGUGUCGUGUCCGCUGAAAUUGACGUGUCCAUGUGCCUUGGGGCUGAUGGGGGACUCCUCGCCUGAGAAGACGAUGAGACCGCUGCGAGUAUCUCGGACACUGCAUGAAAUACCGCCCACCUAUGUCCAUAUGGUCCUCGUCAGUUUCAUCCUCUACGUCUUUGCCCAGGGUUAUCGGACCUGAAUGCAAUGCGCAUCACCACAUGCACAUACCAGAGCCGGCGAGCCCUCAGUGAUGCUCACCGGUCUUUUUCCUCUGCAGGAGUUUCUGCUUCCUCUUGACCCUCCUGCCUGUGUCAUUGAAUCCUUCGUCGGCAUCUCCUUCCUCUACCACCUUGCCGCUGAACUUGACCCCUCCACUCUCCCUCACCGCACCCGGCAAAGGCGUCUCGCCGUCGCCGCCAGACGUCAUCAUGGGGUGGGUGAGCACCGACGGGUCCUCCACCAGGCCGGCUUUGUCCUUCUUGUCGAUGACGAUGCUGUCGAGAUCACCCAGGGGAGGCGCCGACCUGGCGUUGGGUGUGUUGAGAUUGCUGAUCGGCGAGCCGACCUUGGCCGAGGGGCCCUUUGACGAGAUGCGGAGGGCUGAUUUGGGGGGAGACAUGACACUGCCAGGCUGCUUCUUGACGGGAGCUGACGUGGAUAGACGGAGAGACCACAUGGACGUGAGGGCGAGGAAGCGCUUUUGUUCUGUGCGUUUAUACCUUCUAGCUCUUCGCGGUCGAGCUGUCCUGAGCCCUUUUUGCUGUCGUUGGUGAUGUCAAGCAGGCCCUUGCUUCCUGAACGAGACCCGACUCGAGACGCCCCUCGCGACGCCGCUGCUUCGGGAGCACAACGAAAUGAUGGAGGCACUAGCGCUGUCCAAGUGCUCAUGUUACCGAAGCUUCUGAUUCUGGACAACAAGUUGCCCUUUUCCCUGAGCUCCUGGACCUUGGCCUUGAGUCUGUCGACCAUCCGCUCGCUCUUGCUGCGGCCUCGCUGGAGCUUAUGCUUGUCCCUGAGCUCCUGAGUCAUUGUCCGCGAGUCCCGAGAAUCUUCCUCGUCAAGAUUAGUCGUCUGAUGAGAAGAAAGAAAGCGUAACACCUGUGUGCUCCGUUUUGGUGGUUGUACUGUCUUCUUGAGGAUCUCCUUGUGGUGUGAGGGGCAGAAGGAGACGCGGAAGAACAGCCUGUUUUCAACAAAAGAAGGUACAGGCGCCACCUGCGUCACAUGCGGGUGUCCCUCCCUUACUUUCCCGUGGGAAUGAUCUUCUUCUUUUUCCCUGCGCCGAGCUUGCCCAGCACCGAUCCGAACGAACUGGAAGAGGAUCGACAUAUAUACGCAUUAAUUACUUAGACGUCACCAACGGUUCACUUGCUGGCGUACAUCCGCCUUUGCAGGCUUUGCAGGGCACUGAGUGAGCGUUGAGCGGUGGAGAGCAGGAUGGGCUUCACAAGACUCUCGGAGGACACCAUCUGUAUGACAGAAGGUGCCAGCAUUGUCAGAGCCGCAAUUAAUGCCUUGUCUAAAUAAACGUUGCUGACCCCGCUUGCAAGUGUGCGAGAGAGAUUGACGCGAUCGCCCUCUGCGCCCCAGUAGGUCGGACAAGCGCGGAAAUAGACCUGCGAGACACAAUGUACAAUCAGUGAGUGCUCCAUGAUCAUAAAUCUGGCAUUCCAAUCUCCGUUAGUACGUCUCCAAUGACGUAGUUUUUGAGGCUGGUCCUGCCUCUGUUCCAGGGCGACAAUUGUCUGGUGGGCUCGGAGGCGAUGACGGUAAUGCGGAUCAGCAGGUCGUUGGCUAUCUCGUUGCCCACGUUGGCGAACUCAACACUCUGAUUCGUUCAGAAGGAAGAGAGAGCAUCUCCUCUGUGUGUCUCUCCUGUGUGUCACUUGUGUGCGGCUGACCUCGUUCCACACUGGGUUGCCGUACUCGACGGCGUGGGUGACUCGCGGCCUUCGGAAGUUUGGGUGAGCCUCGUUGUCCUCCUCGUCGCCCCUACACGCACCGACACUCAGACAAUCUCACGAACCAACAAGACAGACAGUUUGAAUACUGUGUCUCUGUUUGUUUACCUGCAGAGCCUCACUUCGACGAAUAUGGUCAUGUGGCUGUGGUCCUCGUCCUGCUUUGCGCCGGGGUGGAGCUUCAGCUGUGACUUAAGCUCAGCCUUCUCCAGCUUGAUGCGGAGAGUGCCGAGGGGCAAGAAGACGGGCAUCUCACCGUCCUCCAUUAGAUUGCCUGGCAGGCAGAGAAGAGGAUCACAUGAAUGACACACACGUCUGGAGACGCACGUGUGUUGUCUGUCUGUGCUCUUGCUUACCUGACAUCCGCUUGCCCUUUCUUGCCUGUGCGCUGUCCUUGAGCGCGCGGCUCGCGUGAGCGAAGGCACUCAAGGCAGACUGAUAAAGGACACCCACAAGCAAUGGCACAAAUCGGUGCAUUCUCGCGCCUGGCUCAUCCUCACCUCCAUGGUGCCGCUUGUGGAUUUGUGCAGCCUGAGUCUGCCUGCCUCGGGUGAGAGCCACGAGAGGUCCCACUCGCAAUACAGCUGACCUAGCGAAUGCACCAAGGACUCUAACACCUGACAGGCGGCCAGAGACAGACAGCAAAAUCGCUGGUCCGUCCACAGGAGGCUCCCUUGUCUGUUUGUCACCUCUUGUCUUGCUUGCUGCACGUUUUGGAUUGCAUGCUCCUGACACAGCCAGCGAGAUCAACGCCGCAUCGUUCGCGACACAAACGACGUAGGCAUCCCGCACUCGCUCACUCACCGCCCAGUCGAGGCCCUCGAGCUCUUCUUGACGCGACACACGCAGUCGCGUGAACGGACACUGAUUCAUCAACUGCACACACACACACACCACAGAUACACAAACAAAAGGUGUGUGCAACGUCAGGUCUCCCUCUCUCUCACGGACAAUGAUGGUCCCGGCUGUGAUGGCUGCCGUGGUGCUGAUUACAGCGAUCACGCCGUACACCUGUUCACCCAGCAGCUCAAGAGCCUACAAUGCCAGGACAGGCAAGGAUGGUUGUUCUGGGGUUGUGGAUGGUUGUGUCUGAGUUAAUACCUCUUCCAAUUCGGUCGAUCCGUCGGCCACCAGCAGCCCAACCUUGACGUAGUCACCGCAUCGAUUCGACUGCACACACAGACAGAGAGCCGGAGACGAAUUAUUGCGGAGGGUCGGCCUCGCUAGCUCUUCGACAUGAUAGUACCCUGGCGAAGAGCCCGACGGCCACAGCGCCCCAAAUGCCUGCGGCCCCAUGGAUGGGCCAGGCGCUAACCACAUCUGAUGGGACAGACAUACACACAGAGUGUGAGCAAUAUGUGACUGGCAUAUCGACGAUGCUCUUCUGUCCAACCAUCAAUGUGUGCCCUGCACGAAAGACACGGAAAAAAGCGAUGACGAAAGGCGGGAGCCGGCAUGUGUCGAUUGAUUCAUGUGUACCAACCAUGCCAAGUGUCUCCUCGACAGGAACGCGCAGAAUGCACCGAUCAGCCCGAUAAGCAGCCCAUGAGAUGGAGAAAAAUACGAUGCGCCUGUACAUUGUGUACAGCCAUGCGUGUUUGAACGGCACCAUCGAGCACACGACGGCGCGUCUCUCACCACUGGUGACGCUCACAAGCCCCGCCAGUAUGCCCAGCGACAGGUCGGCGACUUUGAACGGCCGAAAGGUGCUGAGGACGGCGGCAGACAGGCCGCCCCCGCACGCCCCUAGCACGGUGACGGCCGCCACUCUCGACGCAACGUACCCCAGCUCGUGGCUGAGGCCGUGGGUGGAGCCCGGAAUAAUGCCAAACCUGCAUAGCGGGGUCGAUAAUCUCCAAUUCUUAUGUCUCAAUCAAAUCAUAGUGUUUCAUUGGCUUUGACAUACCAGCCAAACCAGAGCAGGAAUGUGCCGAUGAGGAGCCAGAAGGGUUGUGUGACGAGCUGCAGCGGGGGCAUGCCAAGUGGCAACACGUAGCACUCGGGGUCCGGUGAUCGCCGCUGCAGCACCUCGUAGAUGUGGGACCCAUUCCAAGGCGUGUAGUCCUAGCGAAAAAAGAAAAGAACGCUGUCUGUCUGUCUGUCUGUCUGUCUGUUGAUGGCCUUGGGUACCGCGAAUCGUCCCACACGCGGGCCCAGAAAGAUUGUCGUGACAAGGGCUGCAGUGCCGCCAACCACAUGAACCGCCGUGCCACCCUGAAGCGACACACACCAACGACAUGACCAGUUACAACCAUCCAGAGGCUCGUGCGCCUGCGGACCGCAAAGUCGACAAAGCCCUCUUCAUUGAGCCAGCCUGAACGAGACAUUAUUGGCAAAAGAGUGCCUCCUGCGCUGUCAGACCCAGAUACGGCUCUGAGUGUUUGUGUACCAUCGUGGCGCCAUAUCCAACCCUAGAGACGGGACACACACAGGACAAAGCAACAGCAAUCGACCGGUGCUGCCGCCCUCCACGUGUGGAUGUGAUGUGGCUGACCGAUAUCAGCGGGUAUGUGCAUCCGGCCGUCACAAAGCAGAGAAGCCCGAAGCUACGAAGCGAGAUGCGCUCAGCCACAGGGCCACUGAGAAUCGUUGUCGCUGACCGACCAUCACAGACACUUACUUGCCCAACGCAAACACAUGUCGGUUGGUUGGUGGCAUUUCUCACCGAGUCCGGCGAAGACAAGGUGGAAGAAGUAGAAGGCCAGGUCAUCGGGGUCAGAAAACACGCUCAGAGAACGAAAGGCAAACGAAUACCCUGCACACAACCGAUACAGGACAGAACAGAAAAAGAAAGGCGAGCAAGGCCUUGCCACAAUCCCCCUGGCGGCCACCCCCCGUACGCACCGAUGUAUGUGUAGCUGACGAUGGUGAUGAGGAAGUCGAUUGUGUUCUUGACGAGGAUGCUGUUGGCGUUCUUGCCGGCCACACAUGCCGCUUCGACCAUGGCGAAUCCCGCCUGCAUCAGGAAGAUGAGGUAGGCCGACUGCAGGAUGUACCCCUCGUUGACCGAGUUGCGAAACGCCGCAUCCUCGCACCCGCCCGAGGUGACGACGAACGUGUCGAAACACUCACCGAACACACACGAAGUGCUGUUGGUGGCCAUGGUCGCUCAGCAGGUCAGGGGGGAAAGGUGAAAGGGGUAACGCAAGAGGGGCAGAAGGGAAAGCCCCAAUGCUCGUGUGUAGACGUAGACUGUCGUCCUCCUGCGCCCGUAGUCAGCGGCCUUCGACGUCAGGCUCCCGCGGCUGCUGGAGGCCUCAUGGCACACAUGCGCAGAAGAAAGUCAAAGGUGUGGUUCUCUGGAGCACUAGGAAAAGGCCUGAAGUGUUCG